AUGCAAGCAGGGGAGCGGAUUCAAGUUACAAUUAACGAUCUUGGGCAGUCCACGGGUGAGGGUGCAACGAAAUUGGCAACUUUUCUUGGUACUAUAGCACGCACAACAGUAUAUGCACCUCUACGUUAUGAGGAUUGGAGGCUUAUGCCCAAAGAUUACAAGAUUACCAUGUGGAAGAUGGUACAGGAAAAGUUUGACGUGGACAUGUUUCUUCAAGAUUGGGUCUUGGCCUCUUUGAAUAAGAACAGGGGGAGUUUUAAGUCAUUUGUGAAAUCUGAAUGGGUUAACAAGAAAAAGAAGGAUAAAAGAGUAUGUGAUGAAGAUAGGCAAUGGUUGUUAGAAUUUUGGAGCACGGGAAAAGCUGAGAAACGUUCAGCAGUGGGUAAACAGAAUAGAAUGAACAUGAUAUCCCCUCAUACACUAGGGAGGAAGAGUUAUGCUCGUUUCAAGGAAGAGGUGAAAGCAAAAAAACCAGACAAGUCGGAGCCGACUCGGGCCGAACUUUAUAUUUUAAGCCAUGUACGUCCAGAUGGGAAGCCACUUAAUGAUAAAGUUGUUGAGAUCAUUGACAAAGUGAAGGAAAAAAUGCAAACAGAAUCUUCAACUCCACAUGAUUGUUCUGGACCAAGUGACAUAUUAUCACAAGUGCUAGAAGACAAACCUUAUUACUCGAUAGCAUAUGGAUUAGGACCCAAAUGGGGCGUGAGGGAUUCUCGUUACUCAAUUAUGAAGAAAGCACUGAAGGCCAAAAACAACGCUGAAGAUAGAGCACAAAGGGUGGAAGACAAAUUUAACAAAGUCCUCGCUCUGCUACAAAAGAACAAUCCAAAUAUGAAUUUGAAUGACAAUAUAGAUUCACCAAAUGAUGAGAAUGAUAAUCUUAUUGUUGAAGAGAAUUCUGAUGAGUUAGGAAGUAGCCCAAUACUUCCCAUGUUGCAAUCAUCAACUGUAGUACCUGAAACUCCAGCUCUAGAUGAUGUUAGUAUGGUUGAUGUUUAUUUGCCUAUGCUUCGAAACAACUCGUCUAAAGGGGGCUCUUCCGGUGUGGAAGCUAAUGAUGUGCAUACAUUCUUCGAUUACAUGAUAAGCUCAUAUCAAGUGAAGAAGGCCGGCGUUGUUAAACCUUUAUGGUGA